GCAUGAUAUCUGCUCUCUGAUUGGUCGGAUCAGGCCAACGGGAUUAAUAUGAGAGUUGCAGCAGAGACGCAGACGGACAGAUGAAGGUGGACAGACACUGGGGGCAGCAGGAUUCAGACAAACAGUGUCAGCCAUGUUUGCGGGCCGGGCGUCAGCAGCAGGAGCUGCUGGACCCUCGGUGGCGGUGGCAGGAAAAGCUGGAAAGUUCUCUGUGGAGGAGCUGUAUGGUUUCAGCAAGAAGCCAAAAGUGAACAGAGGGACUUCUGGAAAGCCGGAGAAGACUGAAGGGAAGAAGGACAUGAAGGAGAAGGAAGAGACUGCGCUGGCCUCUCAGAUCCUGGAGGCGGCCCGGAGGCUUAUGGAGAGAAGACGGCUGGAGAUCUACCUGAAGGAGUGUGACAUCACCAUGGAGCAGAAGGACAUGCCAUACAGGAAUCUGGGGAAAUCUGGGCUGAGAGUGUCCUGCUUAGGACUGGGAACAUGGGUGACAUUUGGCUCACAGAUCUCUGAUGAGAUGGCGGAAAGUGUGAUGACGGUGGCGUACGACAGCGGAGUGAAUUUGUUCGACACAGCGGAGGUCUACGCCUCGGGGAGCGCGGAGAUGACACUGGGAAACAUCCUGAAGAAGAAAGGAUGGAGGAGGUCCAGUUAUGUGGUGACCACUAAGAUCUACUGGGGCGGACAGGCAGAGACGGAGCGAGGGUUGUCACGGAAACACAUCAUCGAAGGUCUGCGUGGCUCGCUCUCCAGGUUACAGUUGGACUAUGUGGACAUUGUUUUCGCCAACAGGACCGACAUCAACGCGCCGAUGGAGGAGAUCGUCCGUGCGAUGACCUUCGUCAUUGAGCAGGGUAUGGCCAUGUACUGGGGGACCUCCCGCUGGAACGUCGUGGAGAUCAUGGAGGCGUACUCCAUCGCGCGGCAGUUUAACCUGAUUCCUCCAGUGUGUGAGCAGGCUGAGUAUCAUUACUUCCAGAGAGACAAAGUAGAGCUUCACCUGCCUGAACUCUACCACAAGAUUGGUGUCGGAGCCAUGACCUGGUCCCCGUUAGCCUGCGGCCUGCUGACGGGCAAAUACAACGAGGGCGUCCCCGAGAGCUCCAGAGCUGCCAUGAAGGGCUACACGUGGCUGAAGGAGCGUCUCUGCAGCGACGAGAGGAAGAAGCAGCUCAGUAAAAUCAAAGAGCUCCACCUGCUGGCUGACAGGCUGAACUGCACGGCUGCACAGCUGGCCAUCGCCUGGUGUCUCCGCAGCGAAGGCGUCAGCUCGGUCCUGCUCGGGGUCUCCAACACAGAACAGCUGCUGGAGAACCUCGGUUCUGUCAGGGUGCUGUCUCAGCUGACUCCGCCCCUCAUUGCAGAGAUGGAUGCGUUGCUGGGCAACAAGCCAAGAAAUGUCAAGAAGGAGGCGAGAAGAUGAGGAACAGUCCGAGGGAAAACUUUAUUUCCAACAGGAUUUCCUGUUCAGACUGUAGAUAAUCAGAAAUAUUUAUUCUUGUAUUAACCUUCAUAUCUACCUUCAUGUCUCCAUGAAUACAGUCAGAAUAACUAAACUCAGAUCAAUAAACUGUGACAUCAAACUAAUAAUGAGGACGUUUGCAGCUGGAAGCAAAGGAAACAUUUAUUUUGAUGCUGAAACGAUUCAAAUUUAAAGAGUUUUGUUUCUGUGGUAAUUGUGUCUAGAUUUAUGGAAGCUCAUUAAUGACAACAAAAUUUGUGAGAAAUUACAGAAAUAAAAAUACAAGAUACAUUUUUUGAAACUGUUGAUAUGACAAAUUAAUUAUAUAUAAAUAAAUAAAACUAUAUUGGGACAAACAUAAGCACAAACUUUUUCUCUAGUUAGAAAAUAAUUCCGUUUUAUUUUAUAAACAUUUAGAAAACCAUCACAUGAUUAUAGACUUUUAUUUUUAUAUAUUAUUGUAACUUAUUUACAACACAUUAACACUGUUUUCGCUGCGAGUUAAGUCCUUGUGUUUUAUGAUAUUGAGACAUUCAGUGAAAUGAAGGCACAAUUUAACUUCAAAUAUCUGAAGACUUUUUAAAUUAACAUUAGAAUAAAUAUAGCAGCAAUCAUGCUUCAAGCAUAAAUACCUACAAUAAAGCCAUUUUCAUUCAUUUCAUUCCAGUUUUCCUUUUUAGCUUUGCUUUUUGGCAUAGACAGGCUUCCAUAUGUUCAAACAGCACUGUUUGUAUUUCAAAAUAAAAGCCUGCUCCUGAA